GUUUGGUAGCACUUGCUCACCGGCCUCCGCUCAAUUUGUUAAAAAUAGGAACGCUGAAAUUCAUUCUCAAUUGUAUCCAGAGGCGGCGCAAGCAAUCAUUCGUGACCACUACGUAGAUGAUUAUUUGGCAAGUUUUGAAUCGGAAGAAGAAGCGUUACGAGUGGCUCGUGAUGUACGAACAGUGCAUGGUAAUGGAGGUUUUAAGCUGCAUAACUGGCGAUCAAAUGAUGCGACAGUAUUACAAGGUUUGGGAGAAGAAAAAACACAAACAGCGAAACGUCUUGAACUCUCGGAAGGAGGGCAAACGGAACGAGUCCUUGGUAUGCUAUGGAAUCCUUCGGAUGAUCUGCUAUGCUUCUCUACUCAAAUGAGCGAGGAGGUGCACAAUUUGAUUGUAACGACUACUCGACCAACAAAAAGGCAAGUCUUCCGAUGCGUUAUGACGUUAUUUGACCCCUUGGGUUUACUGUCUCCUUUCAUAAUCCACGGUAAGGUCCUCAUACAAGAUUUAUGGCGAGAAGGUACAGGUUGGGACGAACAAAUAAGCGAAGAUGUGUACAAAAGGUGGCAAAGGUGGAUCAAAAUGUUAAAAUUUAUUGCAGAAAUAAGAAUUCCCCGAUGUUAUUUUCAGCGAGCGUCACGAGAAACCUAUAUGAAUACGCAAAUGCACGUUUUCGUCGACGCUAGCGAAAUCGCCUAUUCCUGUGCGGUUUACCUUAGGGCACAAGGUAAAGAAGGGUCAUCUCAAUGCUGUCUUGUAGCGGCGAAGUCAAAAGUAGCUCCAUUGAAACCUUGGUCUAUACCUAGAAUGGAACUACAAGGAUGCGUUCUAGGAGUUCGUUGGGCGAAGUUUGUGCGAGACAAUCACGACCUUCCUAUCUUAAAGACGGUCUAUUGGACAGAUUCAAGAACCGCUCUGGCAUGGAUCAGGGCAGACCCUCGGAACUACCGGCAGUUUGUCUCAUUCAGAGUUGGGGAGAUCCUAAAACAUUCUUCUACCAGUGAAUGGCGAUGGGUUCCUCAAAAUCCAACCCAGCAGACGAAGCAACGAAAUGGGGGAGCGGCCCAUACUUCAAUUCAGAAAGCAUAUGGUUCAAUGGUCCAGAAUUCCUCUCGUUCUCUGAGUCGCGGUGGCCACAACCUACAGAACCCGUCACUCCAACAUCAGAGGAAAUUCGAAAUUCAAUUCUUCACCACCGUGUUGUAGAACCCGUGUUAGAUUUCAACCGUUUCGCCACAUGGGGUCGACUAAAUAGAGUUACAGCCUACGUACUGCGAUAUCUGCAAAACCGCUUCAAAGGAGCGAAACUUACUGGACCUCUCCAACAGGAAGAACUCAAAAUGGCUACAGAAGUAAUCCUAAGACAUGUUCAAGAAGAUUCGUUUGCGGAAGAAACAAGUGCACUUAAAAAUACGGUACACAACAAAUCUGGUCGAAGGGCUAUAGAGAAACGCAGUACCAUUUACCAAUUGAUGCCAUUCAUAGAUGAAAAGGGUUUGCUGAGAGAACGGGGUCGUAUUGACGCAGUUAAGAACGUACCGUACGACACCCGACACCCAAUUAUCCUCCCAAAAAACCAUCCUGUUACUGAUCUGUUAAUCCUAGAUUACCAUGAAGUUUAUCGUCAUAGAAACAGUGAAACCGUCGUGAACGAACUACGCCAACUUUACAGCAUCCCAAAACUACGUGCACUGGUAAAGAAAGUCAGCAAAAACUGCCAGAUCUGUAGAAUCCGCUUAGCGCGGCCGAGAAUCCCUGUAAUGGCUCCGCUACCUCCAGCCCGUCUUGCUCACCACGAACGAGCGUUCACAUACACGGGGUUAGACUACUUCGGACCGCUCUUGGUGAAACUAGGAAGAGCCCGAGUCAAAAGAUGGAUUGCUCUGUUCACAUGCCUGACCGUUCGAGCAGUUCACCUUGAGGUCGCCUAUACACUAUCAACAGAAUCCUGUAUUUCGUGCGUUCGUCGCUUUGUGGGUCGUCGUGGAUCUCCGAUUGAGUUCUUUACGGAUAAUGGGACCAACUUUCAAGGAGCUGAUCGUGUUCUACGGGGUCAAAUUAGUCAGGGACUGUCAGCUACUUUCACCAAUGCGAACACGAAAUGGAGCUUCAAUCCACCAGGGGCGCCACAUAUGGGGGGCGCAUGGGAGCGACUAGUACAGUCAGUUAAAAUAGCUAUGGCCGAUGCCUACACCGAGGGGAAACUGGAUGACGAGGGGUUGCAGACAUUGGUCGUGGAGUCAGAAAGUAUGAUAAAUAAGAGGCCUCUGACCUACCUACCACUUGAAUCUGACGAAGCAGAGGCACUGACCCCUAACCAUUUCUUGCUACUAAGUUCGAAUGGAAACAAAUCUCCUAGACAAAACCAUCAAAAUUCGUCUGCCGUAAGCCACGAAUCUUAUCGUAAUAUUCUCGGAAAUUCGUGGUCUGAAAUCCAAACCAAACUCAACGUAUUUUGGCAUAGAUGGUUGGUCGAAUAUUUACCAGUUAUAAGGAGGCAACCAAAGUGGUUCGACGAAACAAAGCCUAUAGAAGCGGGUGACCUGGUCAUGGUAGCUGAGACAGCAAAGAGUGGAAAAUGGGAGAGAGGGCGUAUCCUAGAGGUACUACGGAAUCCGGAUGGACGAUCAAGGAGGGCUGUGGUUCAAAUUGGAGCAAAUCGCUUCAUACGUCCAGUAUCCCGAAUGGCCGUGCUGGAUGUGGUUAAUCGUGAAGCUGCGGAUAAAUCCAACCUACACCAGGGGGAGGGUGUUAUUUCUAGCCAGCUGGCCACCCGGUCAGCAACGAUCGACAAGUGUCAAAAUCGAGAAAGUUGCCCCACUUAG